AUGGGCACGAUUUCACAAGAUCAUGCCAAGUUGGACUCAGACACAAUUGCAGAUGCCAUUAGAUCGUUGAUCGAAGCAGACCCCUCGAUAAAGGUGAAGUCUAUUAUUACAGAAGUUCAAGGCAGGUUCAACUACACUACUCUUCCAGUAUGGUUGAAAGUAAUGACAGUGAAGAUGCCAAGGUCUCGUGUUCAAAUUAAAAUGCUACCCGUUUACCGUGAGAGUGAGGAAGUUCAAGGUGUAAGAGUUUUGCACCGCGUUUUUUGGAGCUUCUAUUCGUGUAUUGUAGCAUUCAGACACUGCAAGCCACUGGUGCAUGUUGAUGGCACACACCUGUACGGAAAAUAUAAAGGUGCACUUCUGGUAGCGGUUGCACAAGAUGAGAAUCAAAACAUUGUACUUAUUACAUUUGCCAGAGUCGAGGGCGAGACAGCAGACGCAUGGGAGUUUUUCCUAACGAAUUUGCGGAGAUACGUUGUUACCAUUGAUGGUGUGGGUAUUAUUUCUAACCGCCAUACCUCCAUCGACGCUGCAAUAGCUCGCAGUAACGGUGCAUGGUCACCACCAAGGGCGUGGCACAUGUACUGCAUCAGGCACAUCGGCUCCAACUUAUUAAGGAGGUUCAAGGCUCCAUAUUUGCAUAAACUCGUGGAGUACAACAAAAACUACCAAAGGCUUAAAGAGCGUGGUGAGGCAUAUACUCAAUGGUGCGAUGAAAUCGGUGUUGAGAGAUGGGUGUUGGCAUUCGAUGGUGGUCAUCGUUGGGGACAUAUGACGACAAACUUGGUAGAGUGCAUAAAUUCUGUCCUGAAGGGGGCACGCAACCUUCCUGUGACUGCCCUGGUCCGGUCAACUUUCUAUCGGCUGAAUGAGUUGUUCACUCGGAAGAGUACCGAGGCUCAUGAGCGUCUCCGCAACGGAUUCACGUGCAACGAGAUGUUUGAGGUUCGCAAAAUGCAAGAUGGUACCAUUUACACGGUCAACCUUGCGCAACGACACUGCGACUGUGGCCAUUUCCAGGUCGAGCGACUUCCAUGUCGCCACAUGCUUGCAUGUUGCGCCAACCAGCGUCUCAAUUGGCAAGUGUACGUGCACGAUGUGUACAAGAUGUCUGAAAUUCGCAAGGUGUACAGAGGCGAGUUUGUUCCGAUGGGUGACCCAUCUACAUGGGAUAGAUACGAAGGAGCGAAGGUGAUCGCCAACUGA